AUGGACGAGGCGGGCGCGACAGCCUGGGAGCAGGCGUGCCUCACGGACAUUUUCCGUGCGCAUGUUCAAGCGGAGGCGCCAUCGUCGCCGCCCACUGUGUACUUGGCCGAGCUCGCCGAAGAGCUCGCUGGCGAGACCGGUGCGCUGCCCGUCCUGCGCAUCGGCGCCGCGGACCGAGUGCUGAUUGCGCGCCUGUCCGAGGAGAGUGCGUCCGAGACGAGCUGGGACUUUCUCGUCGGUGCAUGGGUGCGCUGCCGCCGUGCUGAGCAGGGCGUGCGCGCGUCGCCUGGCGCGUAUCCUCCGUCGGCGCCGGGCGCGCUCCAGCAUGUGCGUGGCCUGCUUGUGAGCUAUGCCGGCCUGGUCAUCGAGAUGCCGGACAUGUUUCCGCGGCACACGAAGCACGGCGAGGCACUUGGGCCGCAGGCGCUCGUGCCGACGCUGCUGCGCCUCGCUGUGACGAUGGGCGACGACGCCGUGGUGCCGUCGGCGUACGAUUGGGCUGCGCCGCCGCCGUCACUCGCGCGCGAUUUCGUCGCGGAUAUCGUCACGCGUUUUGCGCCGGAUGAUGCGCUGGAUGGCCUGCUUGGCGCGGCGCUCCACGCACUCACGCAGCGCGUCCUCGAGCCGCAGCGCGAAGCCGGCGCGGAGGCCCGCGCGAGUGGCCAUGGCAGCGCCUCGUCUGGCGCAUCGGCCGACCAGGAUGCGUACAGCGUGCUCGCGCAAAUGCUCCAGAUGCCGGUGCCUCGCGCGCUGCCGCAGCAGGAGGGCAUGACGCUCACGCAGCUCGACUGGCAGCCGAUUGCGCUCGCGCUCGCUGCGGCCCUGGACAUGAAGCCGCUCGCUGCGGCUGUGCCGUCGUUUGCGUCGUUUGCGCCGGCGACCAGUACGGCUGCCUCGCUCGAGCGCGACUCGCUAUUCGGGCCGCUACUGCGCCUCUCGUGCUUUCCGGACGCAUUCCCGUCAGUGGCGCGCGAGGCGCUGGCGGACGCCAAGUCGCGGUCGCCCGUGGAGCUCGAGAGCACGGUGCAGUCGCUGCGCAUGUCGCUCGGUGUCGUGCAGAAGGCCAACUAUGACAUGUUCCACCAGCUCGUGCGCGCUGGUGCCGAGCCGAGGGAGCGCGUCCUGGCGUUCUGGGGGCAGGUGUGCCAGCUGAACGCCAAGCGUGGGGCGAUGCAAGUUUCGUCGAGGGAGGUGGCGACCGAUGCAUUCAUGGUGAAUGUGUACGACCUGCUGCUGCGCUUUGCAGCACCGUUUGCGGAGCCGACGUGCGCCAAGAUCGACCGCAUCGAUGCGCGCUACCUGCAGUACCAGCGCCGGUGGGACACGUCCACGCUCACGCGCCUCCUCGCUAGCGAGGCCGAGGCGCAGGCGUGGAUGCAGGCAGCAGCGCCGCCCCCGGCGCCGCCCAACUUUAUCACGGAGGUGUUCUUCCUGACGACGCGCCUGUCGACGCUCGCGCUCGGCAAGGUCCUGCGCAAGACGGAGCAGCGUGAAAAGGAGAUGGACCGCCUACGCCAGCGCGUCGACGAGUUGGAGGAGGGCCGCGCGGAGUGGGCACAGACGCCGCAGGGCGCGCACCUUGACGCCAUGAUCUCGCGUGCACGCGCGCAGAUCGACAAGCUGCAUAGCGAGAUGAUGGCGGUGCAGGCGCAACUGCUCGAGCCGGGCUUCCUCGACCGUGUGCUUAUGUUUGUCGCGUUCACGAUGACAUGGCUCGUGCGCAUAGCGGACCCCCGCGGCGCGCAUCCCCACGCGUGUGUGGCUCUGCCGCUGCCAGCCGAGGUGCCGGAGGCGAUCCGCAUGCUGCCGGAGCACAUGCUGGAGGAUGUGUGUGAUCUCGUUCUGUUCUAUGCGCGACGGAGGCCGGACGUGAUCGGCGCGCCGGUGCUGGAGAGCAUCGCGACGUUCAGCACCGUGUUCCUCUCGAGUGGCUGGUACAUUCGGAACCCGUUCGUCAAGGCGAAGCUCGCAGAGAUGCUGUCGUACCUGGUGAUGCCGUACGCCCCCCCUAGGGCGGGCGUUCUCAGCGACACGAUCAACACGCUGCCCAUCGCACUCGCGCACCUGGUGCCGGCGCUCAUGACCUUCUGGAUCGAGGCCGAGUCGACGGGCUCGCACACGCAGUUCUACGACAAAUUCAACAUCCGCUUCCACCUAACGCAGGUGUUCCAGGCGAUCUGGGACACGCCCGAGCACAAGCGCCAGCUGCACGCCGAGGCGCGCGAGCACCAGGGCGGCUUUGUCGUCUUCAUUAACCGACUGAUGAAUGACGUCACGUUCCUGCUCGAGGACGCGCUCGACAAGCUCGCGGAGCUGCACACGACGCAGGCCGAGAGGCUCGAGCCGCGCUGGGCCGAGCGGAGUGUGGAGGAGCGCCACGAAGCGGAGGGCCUCGAGCGCAGUCUGCAGGGGCAGAUCCGCAGCGAUCUCGCACUGGGCCACGAGUUUCUGCGUCUGCUGAUCCUGUUCACGAGGGAGACGAGCACGGAGUUUAUGAUGCCAGAGAUUGUCGAGCGCCUCGCGGCUAUGCUCGACUACAACUUGGACGUGCUCGUAGGCCCCCGGUGCCAGGAGCUCAAGGUCCAGGACCCCAAAAAGGUCGGGUUCGACCCGAAGAGUCUGCUGAGUGAGAUCCUCGCCGUGUUCCUGAACCUGGCGCCGCACCGCGAGUUUGUCGUCGCGAUCGCACGCGACGGCCGCAGCUACCGACGAGAGAUCUUCUCCAAGGCCGCGAGCAUUGCGCAGCGGCACAUGCUCAAGAGCCCGGCCGAUAUCGACACGCUCGCAGACCUCGUGGAACGCGUCGAAAAGGCGAAGCAGGAGGACGCCGACGAAGAAGAGGACCUCGGCGAGGUCCCUGACGACUACCUGGACCCGCUGCUCGCAACGAUCAUGCGGGACCCCGUGCGCCUGCCCUCCAGUCGCACCGUCGUCGACCGGUCCACGAUCAAGGCGCACCUGCUGAGCGACGGCACGGACCCUUUCAACCGCAUGCCCCUAAAGCUUGAAGACGUGCAGCCUGACGAUGCGCUGCGCACCGAAAUUGAGACUUGGGUCCGUGAGCGGCGCAGCGCCCGAGGCCCCACGCAGCCAGGUCCCUAG